GGUGCCAAUGCUGGGAGGAGCGCGCCGGCAGCCUGGAGGCACAGAUGCGGCGGCUGGAGGAGGAGCGCGCCCGCGCAGGCCCUCGGCCGCGCGGAGAAGCGCGCGGCCGAGCUGCGCAUCUCCGCCGGCUGCAAGGGCGAGGAGUUCGAGGCCGCCCGGAAGGCCGUCGUCGACGCCGAGGCCCGCGCCGCGCGCGCCGAGGAGAGGGCCAUCCUCGCGGUGAGCAACCUUGAAGAGGUGAGGCGGGCGUCGAACGAGGGCACCUCCAGAGCCGAGGCGCACGCCAGAGAGCUCGAGGAGCAGCUGCGCGCCGCCCGGCACGAGCUGGCCGCCCGCGCGGCCGCGGAGGGCUCGGCCGUGGCGGCGGAGCGGGAGGCGGCCGCCCAGGCGCUGCGCCAGGCGGCGCUUCGGGAGGAGGGGCUGCGCGGCGAGAGCGACGAGACCCAGCGGCAGCUGGAGGGCCUGCAGUCGCAGCUCUCGGCGGCUCGCCACGAGCUCGCGCGGCACUCGUCGGCGCUGGACGCUGCGAGGCAGGAGCUGGCCAUCCACCGCAUGGAGGCGGCCACCCGCGAGACGGAGCUGCAGGGAAGCUCCGGCAGGCCCUGAAGGCCGGCGGGACCUCACCGUGGAGCUCCGGCGCGAGUCGCGCCGCGCGAACGCUGCGGAGGAGGCCUACAGGAUUGAGAUCGAGGGGGCCGCGGAGAAGGUCGCCGCGGCGGCGGCCCUGGAGGCG